GAAGGGCAACUUGAGUCAGGAAAGGCAAACGGGCAGUUGCCCGGGCAACCAGAGCAACCCCCCUGUGCACGUCCCUGUAUUAUACUAAACUAAAUUGAAUAUGCGAUUCCUCACUUAGAAUUUUAAAUACACAGGAAAACCUCAUCGCCACCUAGAAUACAUACAGAUGAAAGACUAAUCAAUGUUAAUCAUAAAUAUUAAUGAAAAAUAUUUUUAAAAAACACGACUGUAAUAUGUGUAAUAUAUACUUACUUUGUCUUGAGUAUGUUUACAAGUGUUUUCUGCCCUCUAGUGGUUACAGUGAGUUACUGCAAUAACAAUAACAGAUCAAUACAGAUAUGACAGAAUACCAAUACUUCCGGUACAAACUUUCAAAAGUAAAACGUCCAAUAAAGACGCUAUGUCAACCAUAUCAACAGUUUCCAGGAUUAAUUAACGUUGGAAGAACAACUUUUAUCGACAGUAAGAAUAUUACACACUCAUAAUACAACUAUUAGUCCACUAGUGCCAACCAUCACGGCUGAGUAUAGUAACAUUUCCGGUAUAUGCUUUCAAAAUAAAACCUUAACAUUAUAAAGACGUCUAGACAAUAGUACACAACUGGGAUCUUUACACUCAAAUGAAGCAAACCCUCGUUCGUGGUUGCGUGAUUUCGGCUUGUUAAAGCGAAGCAUCAAUACAUGUUUCCGGUGUACUUCUGCCUUGAGAGACAGCUAACGUUAGUAACAUCAACAUGCACAUGUGCAACUCAUUCUCCCGUCAACCCUUGCGAGCGUUACAGUAGGAAGUUAGGAACCAUCUGCUGUCUGCUAGCCGGCUACAGGUAAAUUAAAGUUGUUAAAAUGUUGGGAUAACGGUGAACCUGAUGUUGCGUGUGCAACCGCGGGCCGCCUCUGCAUUGCUGCAAAAUUAGGCCACACGCUGUCUGACAACACCUCUCCGGAUUUGCUUACAGGCGAGUCUCACUUCCUCUCUUUUACGGGACAGGUCUCCUCUUCUCAGUGCAAGAUCAUGCGACCUCAUGAUCAAGUGCUGACGAUCAUUUUGUUGUGAGCAGUGUUUGACAAUAGCAGCAAUGAAGGCUGGAGUCAGGACGGAGGUUUUGAAGAGAGCUGCAGCUACCUGCAUCCUAACGUUGGGUCUCGGCUGUUUACACGUGAUCGCCCUCAAAUCACAACUUUUUACCAGGAUUGGUGGGUUACCUUACUCAACCGAGACCCCCAUCAGCUAUGAAACAUUUUAUUUUGACCAGAAGAUUGAUCAUUUUGGAUUCCUAGAGGAUGGCACCUUCAAACAGAGGUACCUUGUGGCUGACAAACACUGGCAGCAGCCUGGAGGACCUAUUUUGUUCUACACUGGCAAUGAAGGAGACAUCACCUGGUUCUGCAACAAUACUGGCUUCAUGUGGGAAAUUGCAGAGGAAUUGGGUGCCAUGCUGGUUUUUGCAGAACAUCGUUACUAUGGAGAGUCCCUGCCAUUUGGACAAGAUUCUUACAGUGAUAGCAAACACCUCAACUACCUCACCUCAGAGCAAGCCCUGGCAGAUUUUGCAGUGCUGAUUCAGAACCUGAAAAGUACUUUACCCGGAGCUCAGCACAGCCCUGUUAUCGCUGUCGGAGGAUCCUAUGGAGGGAUGCUCUCUGCCUGGUUCAGGAUGAAAUACCCCAAUAUAGUUGUUGGAGCUCUGGCAUCCUCCGCACCAAUAUGGCAGUUUCGUGAUAUGGUGCCAUGUGGGGACUUCUACAAAAUAGUAACACAGGACUUUGCCAGAAGUGGGUAUAACUGUGACGCAAACAUCAGAGAGUCUUGGAAGGCUAUUAAUAAUGUCUCUUCCACUGCAUCUGGUCGUCAGUGGCUGUCAGAAGAAUUCAGUUUAUGCGCCCCUCUUAAAAGCAAAUAUAGUGCUGUCGGCUUCAAGAACUGGCUUCAGGAGACUUGGGUGAAUCUGGCUAUGGUGGACUAUCCCUAUGAAGCUAAUUUUCUCCAGCCACUUCCUCGCUGGCCGAUCCAGGUGGUGUGCAAGUAUCUUGCUUUCGAUUCCACUGUGUCUGACUACGAGCUGCUGCAUGGUGUCUCCCAAGCAGCGAAGGUCUACUACAACUACACCGGAAGCUCUUCCUGUCUCAACACAUCUCAGACAGCAACCGGCAGCCUUGGUUUUCUCGGCUGGUAUUACCAGGCCUGCACAGAGAUGGUGAUGCCCAUGUGCACAGAUGGGGUCCAGGACAUGUUUGAACCUGAGGAGUGGAACCUCCAGGCCUUCUCUGAUGAGUGUAACGCCAUUUUUGGUGUCAGGCCACGAGCUGACUGGGCAGGCACAGUCUACGGGGGAAAAGACAUCGCCUCUCAAAGCAACAUCAUCUUCAGUAACGGAGGACUUGACCCAUGGUCAGCUGGUGGAGUGACUUACAACAUAACAGAUUCUCUGGUAUCCAUUAUGAUUCCUGAUGGAGCCCAUCACUUGGACCUCCGCUACAGCAAUGACAAUGACCCACCCUCAGUCCGUGCAGCCCGGACGUUAGAGGUGAAGUAUUUUCAAGAGUGGAUCAGGCAGGCUACAAAGACACGUCAAACUGCAUCAAUGCCUUAGUCCCUAAAAGCAAAGCAAAAUGUUACGCAACUGAGAAAGUCAUUAUAACCUGGACUGACUAGCUUUAAUUUGUGACAUGGUAUUUUACAGGGUGCUGGCUCUUUCAUUAUGCCCAAGUUUGACCUGUUUUAAUCAAUGUUUUUUCUUCACAUUAAAUGAUUUAAAUAUUUCAGAAUCCCUCUGGAUUUUAAUAACAAUAUCAUUAAUCACUUGAGAGUGUUUUUUAAUCUUAAUCACGUAGCCAUGUUCAGUGCUGUAUCAGGAGUAUCCAACUACAGUCUUCUUAGACCAAAUGAGGACACACUAUCUUUAUGCCAAACUGUACAUUUCCAAGGGCUUGGAGAGAGAGAGUCAGUGUUACAAUCAGGAAUACAUUCAGAGUUAUUCACAUCUUAAAUUUUGUACAUCAUUACGAAUUCACACGCCUUGUUGAUUAGCCAUUGUGGUCAUUCAGGUGUAUAUUUUUUUUAAUAUAUAUUGUAACAUGCAUCUUAUCAUUUGAAGACGUCUCAGGAGAAAAGCUUAGCACCAAAUCUAAAGAAAAUCAAGUAAUAUUAGACUUGAUUUGUUAUUGUUCACAGAAUAGUGCUUCCUCGCUUUUAAGUUUUCUAUUUAUGUCUAAUAAUGGUGGUACCAUUAUUUAACAUGCUGUCACUUCCAAGAAACAUGCCUUCUAGUGAAACUGAUUAAAAAGCUACAAAUGAUAUUGUCAUAUAAUCUUUCUAAUUGUCUUUUAAUCAUAUAUGGAUGUCCUGUUGUUCUGUGGAGCAGACUCUUUCUCAUGUUUUAGAGAGACUGAGGCUUUUAAGUUACUUCCACCUAGCAGGAACAAUUGCACGUGCUUGAGAUUUAAUAAAAAACCAAUCGGAGGAGGCCAAUAAAGUAAGUGGUGGGAGGUUAUUGCAGCUAUGCCUGCUGACCUCACCCCUGUGGACCAACCUGUGGGAUUCCCCCUGGCACGCAUUCAUUCACUGCCUCCAUUAAAGGUUUAAACUGAGGCACCAGAGCAGCCCAUAGAGCCUGGUUUGUUCCCCCCUGCUAGUAAUAUUAUUAAUACAACUCCUGGGGUGCCAGAGGGGUUGAGAAGGGUUGAUGGAAGGUUAAGAGUGAGGCAGUGAGUGGAUGCAGGACUCGGCAGGGACUAAGAAGUCUUUUGUAGUUCGCCAUGAAGUCACUGUUAUGUUUCUUUUCUUUUUUUCUUUUUUUAAUGUCAAACUAAAACUGCCAACUCAACUGUCAUGAAAACACUGAAAUUAAAACACUUUAACUGGCAAUGAAAA